UUCUCUGAGGCAUUGAGGCAUCCACCCAGGGGAGUGUAUUACGUCCGCUUUGCCUAAAAGGACGAUGAAUCGCGAAUGUAGUCGAAUGUGUAUCCACAAGACAUGGUCGCAGAAGUGGCUCGGACACAAGCCAGACAUCGAAGUUCGGAGGCUUGGCCCUGGAUGAAGCAGUGAGGGAAUAAACGCCACUGACUGGAACUCAGCAACUGGACAAGACAGGUAAUGGCUUGGUGGGCGAAUGUUGAACAUGAUUGCGAUGUGGUCUUUGGUCCAGGGGAAACACAUUUUUUCAGCCUCAUGAUGCGUCUUCAUAGUCCAUUGUCCAUUGUACGCCGUUUCACAUGGUCCGUCAGGGGGGUUGUAGCCGCAAUCGAAACACAGCAGGCUCUCGCACAGGCCGGAGAGGGGUUGCGGCCCCCAUGUGGGCUUUUCCCCGAGGGCACAAGGGGCUAAAACCUUUGAUCUUGGUAGAUAUUUUCUGUUCGCUAA